AUGAUUGGGAAUCAUUCUGUCAACGUACAACAUUUUUAUUAUAUCCCCCUAUAUAUAUUGAAACCAGCCCUAUAUAUAGUUAUCCUUUCUAUUUUUAAAAUUAUUGUCUUAGACUUUGUUCAUGCUGAAGAUUCCCAUAUUUGUACAAAUCAGAAUCUAGUGUCACGGGAAAAUGAAAAGAGAACCAAUGAUAUAUACUUCUCAUCCAGACCUAUUAAAGUGGAACUUCACGGAGAUUUGCAUAAUGUAGCAUACUAUUAUACAAAUAUUGAAUUGGGAACACCACCACAGUUCCAAACUGUAGUGGUGGACACCGGAUCACCAAACAUAAUGUUGUCGGGAUCACAAUGUAAGCAUUGUGGAAGACAUCAACGUAGACCAUUUAAUUUAAUGAAAUCGGAAACAUCAACUCUUAUAUCGGGAUUGAGUUCACAAUGUCAAGCAUUGGGUGGUAGUAAUGGGAAUGAUGGAGAAGUGUUAAAUGUCUGUUGCUUUGAUGAAGCAUAUGCUGAAAAUAGUGUCGUCAAAGGAAUUUACGCUAGUGACUAUAUUCGGUUUAAAGACAACAGCACUACAAUAGUACCGUAUCGUGUACCUCAAUUAGGAGUUGUAACCGUUGAAACUAUGUUAAUAUACAAACAAAUGGCAAACGGCAUAUUAGGCUUGGGACCCAAACAGGAUCAUAAAAGAAUAGUGCCACAUGAGGCAAAUGGUUACCACAGCAACGCCAUUAAUGAUACGAUCGUACCCGGAGAUAAUGAUAAUACAGAUGAUGUGGAUAUAAGAAUAAGAGAACAGUCAAUUGGAGAUGGGGUAGAAUCUUUGAAACAACCAUGUCAAAAUGAUGAAACAAAUGGUAUGCAUAAUUUGAACUUUAUCAGAGGCUUCCUUGAAAACAACUUUCCACCUGAGAAUUAUGGUUUUUCUUUAGAAUUUAAUGAAUGCGGGGGAUGGUUAACUCUUGGAACAACCAAAAAUAAUCAAUGUCAAUUAGAUACUGGUUGUGAAGAAUCUUCUGGUUCUCCUAAACAUUUUGUGUGGACACCAUUAUCUGGAGAAGAUGAAUACACCAUAUCCCUUGAAUAUGUUGUAUUUGUUGGAUGCACAAUCCAGUCUUCCUUAAAGAAGUUCAUCCUGGAUUCAGGAUCUACCAAUUCGUCACUGGAUCUUGACCUAUACAACAUUAUACAUACUUUUUAUAAUAAUCUCUGCAGAAAUAUGAAGAGAAAUUAUAACCAUCACGGAAAGAGAUUUCACAGAAAACGACGAAGGAAAUGUAAAUUGGGUGAUGAGUCCAAAAGAAAAGCUAUACCAGGUACAUCUCAACAACGUGGAACUAUGAAUAAGAAUGAUCUCACGAAUAAAAAACUACAGCAUAAAACUGAUAAUAUAAAUCAUGUGGUGGACAAGGCAAAAGCAACAGAUGAAUACCCCAAUGAACAAAUCAGUAUCUACAGUAGCAUUUCGCCUUCUGCAAACAUGAAUGCGAUAGAUGAUGAAAUAAGGAAAUUAAUAAAACGUAUGAGCCCGCAUAAUAUUUGUAGAACGCAGAAGUCUACGGGUAACAUUUGUUUUUCAGAUAUUAAUGAAAUGCCUAGUAUAUAUUUAACUGUUAAAAGCGGACAUCAGAUAAAAUGGAGACCCGAGUCUUAUUUCAUACGUCGAUCAUCAAAGAUACCUGGACGUGGGUACUGGUGGUGCCUUGGUAUUGAUGCAACUAAUGCUGACAACGUAUUGGGCGCCACAUUCUUCAAAGGAAAUAAUGUUACAUUCGACCUCCGCAAUGGCCAACUGGGCGUUGCUAACAAUAAUUAAAGUACCUAAUAAAAAACUAAACAAC